AUGUUCACACCCAACUAUCCACGCCGGCCAAGGCCUCCUGGGGCUCGCCGUUCGCAGCUGAGUUCACCUCCUGGUCAAGCUGGUCCACUUCCGACAAAGAUGCCUCUUGCGUCGCCGUCAAAGGCUUCCAGAACGACUCCGUCGCCGAUGUUGGCCAAGCGCAAGGGAAAGAUGAGAGAGGAGCCGCAGUCGUCAGACGCUUCACCGCCGCCUCUGCGCACUCGUCCCCUCAGCAUGCUCUCGGAAACGUCUGUUGCAUCGCCGCCCCCGCCGUACCGUCGCGGCCUCACCGAGUCGCCCAAAGAUUCCAAGGACGAGCUCCAGCACAGCCUCGGCGGUGUGUUCCCCCCACCGCCGCCGGACCCCCUCGAGUCUGGUCCCUCGUCUGUCCGCACAAGCCUUAUCGAACUCGAAAAUGUCGAGGACGACAUGGACACGGACGAGGAGGCUGAGAAGGCAGGCGACACGUUCACUUUGCGCGGUCUUCGCAGGCUGCUGAAACAGAAUGAAAUGGACAGCAUGUCCGCCGAGGUAUCCGUCCGUCUUGGGGUAUUCGGGGACAACCCUUACCAGGACCCCACCGCAAAGCUUCCCUCCAUCAUUGGCACCAGCUCGCCAAUCUCUGCCCAGCCUUCCCCCGAGCGCUACUCUCUACCCUCCGACGCCGACCUCGCAUUUUCCUUCCCUCAGCGUCGCGCCGCUCCUGUGGCUACCAAGCCAGGCCAGCGUCUGUCUCUUAUCCGUGCCGAUCAGCGCGCUGAAGAGGACGACGCUCGUAUUGCCGCUCUCGAGGCGCUGCUUCUGGAGUCGCGUGAGGGCGAAGAGGCGACUCGCAAGGCCAAUGCCCGUCUUCGCCGCGACAACUCAAAGCUCCGCCAACAGUUGGAGGAUGCCGAGGACGCGGUAGCGGAGCAGAUGGAGCAGGACACCUGGGCUGCUCAGCGUCCAUCCGAGACCGAGUCGGUCCGCUCGUCGCUUAGCUCGCCACCACGCCGCUCUCGCGGCUCGUACCCGCCACAGGAUGACGAGCGUAUCGGAUGGGGGUCCACUGCGUUUCCAGAGUUUCCUCGGACUCUUGUAUCGGUUGACGACUCGGAGGCGACCAGCGAAUCGACCACGCGCCCGGUGUCGCGCGACCCAUCGCCCGAGAGCGUCUCGGAGGCUGUGAUGGCAGAGCCGUUGUCGCUGCCCGACUCGCACACCAAUGCUGUUCCCCAGGACGAGCACUGGGUAUCGGCGUCAGAGGCCCCGACUCUCACUUUCGCGCUGUCCCGCGGCGGAUACACUGGCACCUCGCGCCCCGCAGUGUCUGCCGACACUUUUCUCUCGCCGACCAAGGUGGUGGCGCCGACGCCGGUGCGCGCGCCGCUCACGCCACAGCUCACCAUCCAGCCCGCUUCGCGUCCAGGCUCUGCCGACAAGGCUUCGCCUUUGACGUCGCCCGCCCAGAGCUCGUUCUCGUCGCGCAUUCGUCGCUCGCCGUACCCCUCGCCGCGUACCUACAUUCGCCAUGAGCGCUCAGACAGCGCUAGCACCACUGGUACAGGCCCCCACCGCCGCACCCUGUCCUUCUCCAAGACGCCUCUGAAGUCGCCGUCGCCAGAGAGUGGCAUGUCGGCCCAGGCGUCGCCCACUCGUCUCGGCUUUCCGCCUUCCCCCAUGUCUGCCUUUGCGAGCGUUCGCUCGUACCUCUCAGACUAUCUCGUACAUGGUCGUCGUACGCUCGGCAGCGAGCUGGGCAGCAACUACUCGCCAUCGCCUGAGCGUCGCCGCGACUCGGACUGCUCAUGCUCCGACUACCAAUAUACGCCACAGUUUACCGAACCCCCUCGCCCCAGCGCCGCUGUCAGGCUGGCCGCACUCGCCAUCGGUCUCGCCGAGGCCAAGCUGACUGGACGCAUCUCUGAUCUCUCUCAACAGAGCGUUUACGGUCAAUAUGCGUCCUCGUCUAGCGGUGGUUCCCAGCGUUACCGCACUCCCUCACACCGCCACUCGUCUCCUCCUGGCACAUUCGUCUUCCCCGCAGACAACUCUGUGAGCGAUGUCCGUUACCAGGAGCUGUACGGCAGUGACGUGCGUCGUAUCCGCUGGGCACCGGAUGCCAAGGAGCCCCUGGCAUGGUCGCCACACUCGUGGCCCUCGCCCUCGCCCUCGCCCUCGCCGCGCGAGGCAAACCUUCCUGACAUCUCAGAUGACGAGUCGGACGGACCUCACAUCUUCACAGACAGUUUGUACGAGGACGGCACGAUCACCGCUCCCCGGGCACCGGCCAUUGGGUUGAGCGCGCCGACUCCAGUUGCCCAUGCGGGACCUCGUCCGCCCAUGGCCGACACGCCGAGCCCGGCGCACCUCGCGCCGAACGUUGACCCGUGGGACGAGUACAGCGACCGCGCUACUCCGUCGCCGCGCGUGCGUGCGCUUCGCCCGCUCUUCCUCCUCUCCACGCCGGCUGUCCAUGCCCGCAACACUAGCCUCACGCAGGCUCAUCACCGUCGCAGUGGCAGCGGCGCGCAGUACCCGCUGCCGUACCCGCUCAUGGCCAGCGGCAACGCCGCCGCGCACCGCCGCGCGUACUCCAUGAGCGCGUCGCCGCAGCAGAGGUGCGCCGCCGGACCCGUCACCAUUCCCGCGCGUGUCACGCACGACUUUUUCUGCCUGGUGCUUCUGCUCCUGGACUACAUGGAAUGGGCCGUCAUUCUCAUUUACCGCCUCUUCACCGAUAUCCGUGCUGGUCCCAGCGCUGCUGUGCCCAAGCCGCGCUCGCACGCUAACCGAUACUACCUGUAA